AUGAGCCUUUCUCAGCUACCCACUGAAAUCCUAUGGAUCAUUUCAUCCUAUCUUUCGCGCCAGAGCGAUAUCUAUGGCUUGGUUAGAACCAAUCGUCGUCUAUACCAAGAACUGAGAAAGUGUCUAUGCUAUUGGAAUGCUCAAUACUAUCGCGGGUCAGCGCUCCCUGUUGCUGCCGAGUUAAACCUCCUUCCACAGGUUGAAGAUCUUUUAGUCGGAUUAGAUCUCGCCCGGGCUAAAUCUGACUCGCUUUCCCAGAGAGUGAUCCAGAUGCGCUGGCUGACCCGACGAAGGGGAAAUGUGGGUAUUGGAGAAAAGGAUCAUGCCCGGUAUGAGAAUGAGGAUGAGGAUGAGAUAUAUGAUAAGGAAGAUACAAGAAGAUUAGACCCUUACUGGGAAGAUAUCUAUACGCAUCCUCUUUUAUCACAAGGAUACUGCUUUAUGAAUAUUAUCAAUAUUCAGCAUGCCCUAGCGAUAGGUAUUCAAACUGGACAUAUAGAGGUCGUCCAGGGUCUGUUGGAUUUUGGUGCAGAAGUCAACUUCUAUCGUGGAAGUCAUACUACAAACCCACUUUCAUCAUACUCGACUACAACACGAUGGCAUAGCAGGGCAGUUAAAAUCGACAACCCACCAUUAUUUCUAGCUGUACAGUAUAGAAAUUUUGAGAUAGUGAAGAAGUUACUUGAGCGCGGUGCUGAUCCACAACGGUAUACUCCUUCGCCCUUAUACCGCGCUGUUGAAGACAAUCAUCUGGAUAUUAUUUCUGUCUUGCUAAAAUUGGAUACGCGAUCCCAGAAACCCGCCUUGAAACUUGCUGUAUUACGAGGGAACUACUCCAUGGUUGAAUUUCUCCUGUGUAACGGCUUGAAAGCUUCAGAGCAUGGGGGUGCUGCCUUGUAUGUUGCUGAAAUGAAAGGUUACAAGGACAUGGCUAGCUUGCUGAAGCAUCAUGGUGCGACGAUCGAUACGCUCUCCGAUAUGGACAGAGAUGAGUGGGAAGCAGAAGACAGAGAUGGUACCGAUCGCCCCAUUCAUUAUUGGUCCUCUGUUCCUCGUAUAGAAGAGGAUUAUCCUGAUGAACCUUCAAGUUCUGAGCCUGAGUCUGAAUAUAUAGAUUCGAGCUGA